AUGAAGCAAGAGUUUGCGGGGCUAAGGGGCACUAUUGUGGACAUGGAACAGUCGCUUUCCGCGUGCACAGAUGACAUCACCAUUCUUCGCUCCCAGGUGGAAAACAUGGCUAAAGAAAUGGUCAAGUUGGAGAACAAAUGCGAGGACUUGGAAUCACGAUCGCGUAGGAACAAUAUUCGCAUUAUAGGGGUCUCCGAGGACCAUACCCCAUCUUGUGAAUAUGUAGCUAGCCUUUUGACGGAGGCUUUUACGCUAGCCAAGCAGCCACUUGUGGAUCGCGCACAUCGCUCACUGGCCCCCAAACCUGGACCGGGAGAACGUCCCCGGGUUAUUGUUGCGAGGCUUCAUUAUUACUCAGACUGUGCCAAUAUCCUCCGGAGAGCCAAGGCGUUACAGAAGAUGAGGGUAAGAGAUAUGUCCAUCUCAAUCUUCCCCGACUACAUCGCGAAGACCGCCCGUGCCCGCGCUGCAUUUAAUGAUGUUCGUUGCCAGUUACGGGACAUUGAGGGAGUCCGGUUCGGCAUUCUGCAUCCAGGCAAGCUGCGCAUUACGUACAGAGGGGUGCAGCGGGAUUUCACCUCGCCAGAGGAAGCCAAGAUCUACAUAAAGACAAUCGAAUCACUACCUCCAGAAAAGUAA